AGAAAAUUGUUGUUUUGUGUGAGCGGUAUCAAGCGCAAAGGCAGGCGUUGGGUUUGUCGUCUUUUCCCUCGGUUCACGUCGAGUAACUGUGUGGCUGGAAAUGUUUCUGUCGGCUUGGGCAUUGGGUCGGAUCGUAUUCACUACGUGCUUGGUCUAGUUAAAGCCUACACCACAAGAGUAGGGAGUGGCCCUUUCCCGAGUGAAUUGUAUGACGCCAAUAACCCUGCCAAGCAAGAUCCGAUUGGGAUGAUUUUGGCUGAUCGUGGUCAAGAGUUUGGUUCAGUAACGGGACGCCCAAGACGAACAGGGUGGAUGGAUGUGGCGCUUUUACGCCGUGCGGUACAAAUGAAUGGUCUUAGUGGUUUGUGUAUAACGAAGCUUGAUGUGCUUGAUACAUUGGCAGAAAUUAAAUUGUGUGUGGGGUAUAUGUUAGAUGGUAAAGAAAUCGAUUUAUUCCCACAUGGAGCUCAUGAAGCGGCACGUUGUGAGCCUAUCUAUGAAACAUGGCCUGGUUGGCAAUCAGAAACUUUUGGCAUUCAUCAGUGGGAUCAGCUUCCUUUAGCCGCGCAACAGUACCUCAAACGUAUUGAGUUGCUCGCUGGUGUUCCGAUUAGUAUCGUCUCUACGGGGCCUGAACGUAACCAAACGAUCUUAUUGCAACAUCCUUUUAAAGGAGUUUGCAUGAAGAUAGCGAUCAUUGGUAGUGGUUUUUCUGGGUUGGGUAUGGCUUAUUACCUUGAUAAAGCAGGGUUUACGGAUUACACCAUUUACGAAAAGGCCAAUGAUGUUGGAGGUUGUUGGCGUGAAAACACCUAUCCAGGUGUGGCAUGUGAUGUUCCUUCGAUGUUGUAUUCUUUUUCUUUUGAGCUCUAUCCAGAGUGGAAACAUGUCUAUUCACGUGGUGAACAAAUUUGGGAGUAUUUGCGGUUUUGUGCUCAAAAAUACGGUUGGAUGAAAAAAAUUCAAUUUGGUGUUGAGUUUAACGGCGGUGAAUUUGAUGAGAAAACACAUCAAUGGCGUUUGAGUACAACGACAGGUCGUGUGAUUGAAGCUGAUUUUGUUGUGGUGGGAGCAGGUCCUUUACAUGUCCCUUCUUAUCCGAAUAUUCCAGGUUUAGAUACGUUUAAGGGUGCAAAAAUUCAUUCCGCAAAAUGGGAUCACGAUAUUAAUUUUAAAGAUAAAAGAGUCGCUGUGAUCGGUACGGGUGCUAGUGCGAUUCAAUUUGUGCCAGAGCUUGCUAAAGAAGUCAAAGAUAUGACCGUCUUCCAGCGUUCACCCACAUGGAUUGUGCCGCGUUAUGAUCGUCCUUAUACCGAUGAUGAACGCGCCAGUUUUCGGAAGUCACCCUUGCGCAUGAAAUUAACCCGCUUGUCGAUUUUUUUAAUUAAUGAAUUUAAUGGGUUGGGGAUUUAUGCUGGUAACCCAGUCGUGUCUUGGCUCACCAAAAGGAUGGCAAAGCACAAUAUUCAUAAAGCUAUUUCCGACCCCGAGUUGCGCCAAAAAGUGACGCCGGAUUAUCCGCCUGGUUGCAAAAGAAUAUUGAUUUCAAAUGACUGGUAUCCUGCUUUGGCCAAGCCCAAUGUUCACCUAGAAACUGAGCCCAUUGCUAAGGUGGUCGAAGAUGGUGUCGUGACGGAAUCUGGCAAAAAGAUUCCAGCCGAUGUGCUUGUUUAUGGAACGGGAUUUAAAGUAACUGAUGGUUUGCCCCCCUUUCCGAUUUAUGGGGUUGGACAUGAAAACGUCGUUGAUCGUUUUGCCAGCGAGGGGAUUGCAGGCUAUCAAAGCACGUUCAUUUCGGGGUUUCCAAAUUGUGCUAUUUUAUUGGGACCUAAUGCAGGCCUUGGUCAUAAUUCGGUGGUGUAUAUGGCUGAGGCACAAAUGCGUUAUAUUGUUAAAGCAUUAAAAUAUAUGAGAAAACAUCACUAUCAUGUGAUGGAUGUUAAGAGGCAUGUUCAGGACGAGCAGACUAAAGAGCUGCACGAAGCCCUCAAAGAUAGUGUUUGGGUCGCGGGGGGAUGUCAAAGUUGGUAUCUAGAAAAAAGCGGUGAAACAGGUGUUCUCUGGCCUCACAGUGCUAAAGCCUUUGAUCGCUCGAUGCAGCAUUUUGAUGCGGAUGCUUAUCGCUAUGCCUAA